AUUUUGGGGGAAGAGGAAGUUCCUACUUUAGUCACGCCCAAAACUGAUUAUUUAGUAGUGGGUCCAUACAUCUCUUUUGUACGUCACAUUUCUAAAAGAGACAUUCAAAAUGAUGAACAAAUUCGUGAGACCAGUGUAGCGCAGCGCAAUUGCCGUUUUAACGAUGAAAAUAAUUUAGAUGUACAUCGCUAUUAUAGCUAUAGUGCCUGUACGGUUCAAUGUCGCAAAGAUAAACAAAUGGAAUUGUGUAAUUGUUCCAGUCAUCUGUCACCGAACACACCCAGUUGGCAAAAAUGCAAUAUGGAUGGCUUGGAGUGCCUCAAUCGUAACUAUGAAGAUUUAUCGGUUAUUAUAGCAAAAUGGUCUAAGGGUCGUAAAGGUUUGGUAUGUGAUUGUUUGCCUUCUUGUACUGAGGUGGAUAUUACCACAGUGGUGGAUAGUAAAGAGAACAUCUACAAUCAAAAUCCUGUAUCAAAAGUAGAAAUUGCUUUAGUGGAAUUACCUACCGAACGUUAUAAACGCAAUGUGGUUAGAGGCAAAUUGGAUUUAGUGGUAUCUAUUGGUGGCACUACGGGCUUAUUUGUGGGUGCUAGUCUCUUAAGUUUUGUGGAAAUUUUCUACUACAUCACCAUACGUCCCUAUGGUAGCAUGUUGUACGAGAAACGUUUAGUACGUCAACAAUUACAACAAACUGCUUCCUAAUUGUGUCGGUGUGUGUUUGUUGUAAAUUUAUCUCUAUGAUCUUGACUUUGUUUCUAUGUGUCGUUAACUUAAAAUGAUCUAGAUAAAAAGAUGUUUUGUUUGCUUUCUGUGUGGAUAAAAUUCUGUAAUUGCAAUUAUCGUUGCACAUAGAUAGCGAUAAUUGCAUUCACAUUUACUAAGCUAAAUUUAUCUAAUUAAUAUUUUUUUAUAUUUUUGAUAUUACUGCAAUUUUAGCUUUUAUGUUAUCUGAAUAAUAAUUAAUUUCUUUUUUGUUGUCGUAAUUUUGUACAUAAAUAUUAAACAAAUAAAAUAGAUUCUAAUUUUCAUACU